CAGCGGCUGCCGUCUUUGCGGCGGGUCCGGGCCCAUGAGGCGACGACGGAGGCGGGACGGCUUUUACCCAGCGCUGGACGUCCAAGACAGGGAAGCUGAGGACAUGGCAGGAGUGUUUGACAUAGAUCUGGACCAGCCAGAGGACGCGGGCUCUGAGGAUGAGCUGGAGGAGGGGGGUCAGUUAAAUGAAAGCAUGGAUCAUGGGGGAGUUGGACCAUAUGAACUUGGCAUGGAACAUUGUGAAAAAUUUGAAAUCUCAGAAACUAGUGUGAACAGAGGGCCAGAAAAAAUCAGACCAGAAUGUUUUGAGCUACUUCGGGUACUUGGUAAAGGGGGCUAUGGCAAGGUUUUUCAAGUACGAAAAGUAACAGGAGCAAAUACUGGGAAAAUAUUUGCCAUGAAAGUGCUUAAAAAGGCAAUGAUAGUAAGAAAUGCUAAAGAUACAGCUCAUACAAAAGCAGAACGGAAUAUUCUGGAGGAAGUAAAACAUCCCUUCAUUGUGGAUUUAAUUUAUGCCUUUCAGACCGGUGGAAAACUCUACCUCAUCCUUGAGUAUCUCAGUGGAGGAGAACUAUUUAUGCAGUUAGAAAGAGAAGGAAUAUUUAUGGAAGACACGGCUUGCUUUUACUUGGCAGAAAUCUCCAUGGCUUUGGGGCAUUUACAUCAAAAAGGGAUCAUCUACAGAGACCUGAAGCCGGAGAAUAUCAUGCUUAAUCACCAAGGUCAUGUGAAACUAACAGACUUUGGACUAUGCAAAGAAUCUAUUCAUGAUGGAACAGUCACACACACAUUUUGUGGAACAAUAGAAUACAUGGCCCCUGAAAUCUUGAUGAGAAGUGGCCAUAAUCGUGCUGUGGAUUGGUGGAGUUUGGGAGCAUUAAUGUACGACAUGCUGACUGGAGCACCGCCAUUCACUGGGGAGAAUAGAAAAAAAACAAUUGACAAAAUCCUCAAGUGUAAACUCAAUUUGCCUCCCUACCUCACACAAGAAGCCAGAGAUUUGCUUAAAAAGCUGCUAAAAAGAAACGCUGCUUCUCGUCUCGGAGCCGGUCCUGGUGAUGCUGGAGAAGUUCAGGCUCAUCCAUUCUUCCGACAUAUUAACUGGGAAGAACUUCUGGCUCGGAAAGUGGAGCCCCCUUUUAAACCUCUGUUGCAAUCUGAAGAGGAUGUGAGUCAGUUUGAUUCAAAGUUUACACGUCAGACACCUGUUGACAGCCCAGAUGACUCAACUCUCAGUGAAAGUGCCAACCAAGUCUUUCUGGGCUUUACAUAUGUGGCUCCAUCUGUACUUGAAAGUGUGAAAGAAAAAUUUUCCUUUGAACCAAAAAUCCGAUCACCUCGAAGAUUUAUUGGCAGCCCACGAACACCUGUCAGUACUGCUAUGUGCUACACUUAACUGGAAGCCUUUGAAUGGGCAUAAGUUGUAUGUCCUGCAUUUCAUCCUUGUCUUGGGUCUACAUUGCACUGGGGGAAAAUUACCACCUAUUCUUAUACCAGUAUUUGGUUCAAGACACCAAAUUUGUUCAAAGGGAAGACUGAAGAGUGUCAGGGAAGAAAAUGCAUAUUGAGGACAUUGUGAGGGAGGAUAGGGAUCCAGGGGAAGAGGGUGUUGCUGUGGUCCACUCUCUGUCUGACUGCUUUCUAGCAAACUGACAAGGUUUUAAGUUUUACUUCUCUUUACUGUUUACCUUCUAUGUAUUUUUUUCCUCAACAGUUUUAAAAAGGAACAAAGGUCUAAUAUUUUUUUUUCCUAUACUGGGGCUGCAAUUUUUGAUUGUAAAAUAUUUGAUGGCCUUUUGAUGAAUGUCUUCCAUAGUGAAUAAGAAAACUUAGUGGCUUAAUUUAAGAACUGUUAACAGGACACUAUGUUUUUGAAAUUGUAACAAAAUUUACAUAAAUGAUUUACAGGUACAAAGAAUAAAAUAAAGGUAACUUUACCUUUCUUAAAUA